AUGCAACGGAAAAGUUACGAGGCAGUAACUUUUCAGUUGCUUUUCGCCCUUCCCUUUUCCGCAAUGGCGCAGGUGUGGGACGGCAUGCUGUCCCACCUGGAUCUGCGGCGCUCGUUCCGCGUGGUGCUGUGGGACUUGAUGGGCGCCUUCAGCACGCCCUCCACGUCGUACGACUUCCAGCGCUACGCCUCGCUCUGCCUGCAUGCCAACGACUUACUUAAAGUGCUUGAUGCACUGGGGGAGGCAGGGGGUGAGGGGCAAGGCGAGGGGCAGGGCAAAGUGGGGCCGGUUAAGGGGUGGCAGGGCGUUGAGGUGGAGAAUGUGGUGUGUGUGGGGCACAGCGUGAGCGGCAUGGUGGCGCUGCUCGCCAGUCUCAAGUGCCCUAGCGCCCCGCGCGUCGCGCUCUACUGCUCUGCGCGUCGCGCCCUGCUGCAGCCCGCACGUCACGCCCUGCUGCCCUGCGCGUCGCGUCCUACUGCAGCCCGCGUGUCGCACUCUACUGCUCCGCGCGUCGUGCUGUGCUGCAGCUCGCACGUCGCGCCAUGCUGCCCUGCGCGUCGCGCCCUACGGCAGCCAGCGCGUCGCGUUGUGCUGCCCCGCGCGUCGCGCCUUACUGCAGCCCGCACGUCGCACCCUGCUGCCCUACACAGCGCGUGCCUUGCUGCCGACAACACCCAGGUCGAGCCGCGCCGCCCAGCCCGAGCGGCUCUGCCCAACCCGAUCUGCCCAGGUGCUCGUGCUAGUGCUGCUGCUGGUGGAGGUGCUGCUAGGAGUGCUGGAGGUGCUGCAGCCUAG